CGUUCUGAGGUGAGCACCGGCCGCUAUUUACCGACGGAGCCGUGGUUGGGAGACUCUGGUCGGGCUUGUUAGUGUGUCCCCGGAUGGUUCUUGUUGCGGGUGACCAGAACUGGACAAAGUACUCCAGAACAGGCCUCACCAACAUGCUGUAGAACCUCAACAUGACAUCCAAACUCCUGUAUUCAAAAAUCUGAAGCAGUAUUAAGCUGUCUCAAUAUGCCUGAUGGAGAUAUGUGAAAUUGUGUGCUGAAGCUCUGGCUCUGUGAAUCUUCCUCAUGGCUUCUGGUAUGGAGUCGAAGGCUGAGGGUCCUCCUGUCUGGGGUACAACAUCUGAACAGGAUCAGACAGCUGGCCAGGUACAUUUUGUUCCGGAGAGCAAUGCGGUUGCUCAGAUUGUUUACACAGAUGAACAGGACCGACCGCCACAGCAGGUGGUUUACACAGCGGAUGGCACAUCAUACACGUCUGUGGAUGGGACAGAACAUACACUGGUGUACAUUCAUCAGUCUGAUGGAGCACAGACUGUUUUCACAGAUCAGUCCCAGGUUGCGUACAUCCAACAGGACGCAACGACCCAGCAGGUGACGGUUCUUCUGCCUACUAACCAGAAUGUGACUGGUACCAACCUGGCAGUCCUUGGCAGUGUGACGGAGGCACAGCAGCCAAUGACUGAGAGCAAUUCUCAGGCUCUAUUACCAGUGUCAAAUAAUGGAAUACAUCAGAUAACAGGAGACAACAAUUCUGUGCAGCAAAUUCCAGAAGCAAUGGACUCAGCUGAACCAGACCUGGACUUUGAAGAAGAAGAGGAUGAGGAAGAGGAAGAUGAUGAUGUAGAUUCUUCUGAUGUUGAUGAUUGGGAGCCAGGUCCUCCAAGGCCCUUUAAUCCUUGUGAUUUAUGGUGUGAGGAUUGUAAUAAAGCUCAUCCAUCUGCAUGCCUCAAACAUGGUGCCCUGCAUUGCAUUCCAAAUCGGCCCGUCCUAAGCCGUGCCAGGGCCAGUCUGCCACUUAUUCUCUACAUCAAUCGAUUUGCUGGUGGAAUCUUCUCCAAGAGACGCAUUCCAAAGCGCACGCAGUUUGGCCCUGUAGAGGGUCCAUUAGUUAAGCAGUCUGAGCUCAAGGAUAACUACAUUCAUUUAAAGAUUGCUAUGGGAGUAGGAAGGGAGGAUUGUAAAGAUGAGGAGAAACCUGCUGACCUAUGGUUUGAUUUGUCUGACGAGAACUUGUGCAACUGGAUGAUGUUUGUGCGUCAAGCACAGAACCAUUUGGAACAGAACCUGGUUGUGUACCAGUACGGCAAGAAUCUCUACUUCACCACCAUCAAGCAUAUUGAGCCAAAACAGGAGCUCAAGGUGUGGUAUGCAGCAUCAUAUGCAGACUUCGUGGAGCGGAAGAUUCAUGACAUCUCUGAAGAGGAACGGAAAGUUCUGAGAGACCAGGAAAAGAACUGGCCUUGCUAUGAGUGUAAUCGUCGCUUCACCAGCUCUGAACAGCUCCAGCAACAUCUCAACAUGCAUGAUGAGAAGUUGGAUUUCUUCAGCAGGUCAAAAUGUAGAGGUCGUGGCCGGGGCAGGCGGCGGUUUGGUCCAGGGAGGCGACCAGGACGUCCACCAAAGUUCAACCGUCAAGAAUCAACAACGGAACAGAGUCAGCAGACGUUGCAGUUCGCUAUGAAGCAUCACUUUGAAGACGCUGAUGAGCCUGUGGCCAAUGGAAUGGAUCAAGAGGAAGAUUCUGCGAUCGUCUCUGAACAGCCAGAAAAUGAUUCCAGUGUCGCUAAUAACACAGCAUCCACAGGCCCUGGAGAGGAAUUGUGGCGCAAUAAAAGGAUACGGAAUGCUGCACUUCAUCAUCUCUUUAUACGUAAAACAUUUCGACCAUUCAAAUGCCUACAUUGUGGGAAAGCUUUUCGGGAGAAGGAAAAGUUGGAUCAGCACCUGCAUUUCCAUGGGAGGGAAGGCAACUAUCCACUUACCUGUGACAUCUGUAACAAAGGCUUCAUAAACAGUUCGGCACUUGAUUCGCACAUGAAAUUCCACUCGGAUCAGAAAACAUAUUCCUGCAUUUUCUGUACUGAAUCUUUUGAUAGACUUGACCUACUCAGGGAACAUGUCACCAUUCAUGUUACUAAUGGCUGUUUCACCUGCCCUUCCUGUAAAAAACAAUUCCCAGACUUCAUUCAGAUAAAGAAGCAUAUUCGCAGCUUCCAUUCUGAGAAGGUUUACCAAUGUACAGAAUGUGACAAAGCCUUCUGCCGGCCAGACAAGCUCCGACUACACAUGCUGAGACACUCAGACCGCAAAGAUUUCCUCUGUUCCACGUGUGGCAAACAGUUCAAAAGGAAGGACAAGUUGAAAGAGCACAUGCAACGGAUGCACAAUCCUGAACGGGAGGCCAAGAACGCCGGCCGCAUCCACAAGUCCAAGCCUUUCAAACCCAAGAUCCCCUCCACUGAUUAUGAGAGCUUCAUGUUCAAGUGCCGAGCCUGUAUGAUGGGUUUCCGGAGGCGUGGGAUGCUGGUGAAUCAUUUGUCAAAAAGACACCCAGAUAUCAGAAUAGAUGAUGUGCCAGAGUUAACAUUGCCUAUCAUUAAACCAAAUAGGGACUAUUACUGCCAGUACUGUGACAAGGUGUACAAGAGUGCCAGUAAGCGUAAAGCCCAUAUCCUGAAGAAUCAUCCGGGGGCUGAACUUCCCCCAAGUAUCCGUAAACUGCGACCUGCAGCUCCAGGGGAGCCUGAUCCAAUGCUGAGCACACACACGCAGUUAAAAGGCACCAUCGCCACUCUCCCUGUUUGCUGUCCACAUUGCUGUAAACAAUACAGCAGCAAGGCAAAAAUGGUGCAACAUAUCCGCAAAAAACAUACAGAUGUUCUACAAGAGAAUCCGAAUGCACUUCAGACACUUCCUGCACAAACACCGAUUGUAGCCACUGUGAUUAGUGCAGCACCAACUGUCGUGAACACUGAUGGCUCUGCUGGGGACACAAUUGUGACAACUGAUCUGCUGACUCAGGCGAUGAGCGAGCUGUCACAGACGCUGACAACAGAUUACCGCCCACCUCAAGGAGAUUAUCACCGUGUGCAAUACAUUCCUGUCUCUCAACACAUCCAACCAGUUCAGGGGCAGCAGCCUCAGCACAUCCAACUCCAGGUGGUUCAGGUGGCACAGGCAUCCUCCCCCCAACAGAAUCAGCAUUCGACUGUAGAUGUCAGCCAGCUGCAUGAUUCUCAUGCUUUCAGCCAGCAUUCUGUUCAAGUCCAGCAUGUCCAGGUGCCUGAUCAGUCCACUGCCAUAGCCUCCACUGGAUCCCAGGCUGGAGGAGGUCAGCCACUGAGCCCUUCUGCGCAGCCUCCCCAAGAACUCAGUCCUUCUCAGAUACAGGGUGGAACAUCAACACAAAAUCCAGUGUUACAGCAACAACCAGCAGCUUCUGUACAGCAUACUUACCUUCCUAGCACCUGGGGAUCCUUUCGCAACUACUCCUCUGAGAUUCAGAUGAUGACCAUUCCUCAGACCCAGUAUGUUAUCGCAGAAGGUCCUGUAGCAACAGUAAACAGUGGCCAGGUGAAAGCUGUGACACAGACCCACUAUGUGAUAUCAGAAGGUCAGCCUGAGCUGGAUGUGAAGCAGAAUGCUGCAGUGCGAUUAGGUGUGCCUCAGACACAGACUGACACCACCCUACAGCAGCCAAAUGCACAAUUCAUCAUUACCUCAACAGCAAGUGGGAAUGGAAGUACUGAGGUGCCAAUCACAAAACCUUAGCAGUUAUUUACCAGAAAGAAAUCCUCUCCAAAUUCAUACUGACCCCACUGGGUGUGGAGUUACAACUUGUGGCAUGCAUUUUAUAAACAGAAAGAGAGAGAGAACAGCGCAGAGACUGUUGUGCUUACAGCUUUUCCCUUCCACAUAUCAUACCCUCCCAGCAUCACCUAACCCUCUGAGUGAAGCAUUAUUAGCAAGAAUCAGGAGAUUAGGGUUUUUCACAUUGAUAGUGUGGGCUCAGCCAGAUGGUGCCAAGAAUGGCAUUGCUUAGGAAUCAAACCCAGUUUUUAAAGAAAUUACUUGAAGGAAACGGAAAGCAAAAACAUGGGGAAAGAACGAUGAAGUGACCAGCUCUGUUCACAAAUCCUCAUCUGAUCACUUUUGGCCAAGUGAGCUGUAUGUCACCAAACUACCAGGAAUGUCUACAAGAGACUAGACUCCAGGUGAACUCCCGGAGGACAUAAAUCAGAGGUUUCAUGCUGAGAACUUGAUAUGAUCCACCAGGAUUCUUGUAAAGCUGCAGAGGUGGAAGGACAGCAGGCUGGUUCUUGAAACAUGAACACUCUCAGUGAGCUACAGUGUUCAGGCAAGGUUGUGACUGAAGAAUACCAGGAAAAGUAUUACUGGAUUGUAUGUGUUCUCAAGCUGAGAGAAAGAGAGCUCUGUAUACCGCUUGUGUUCUUCUCUAGGUCUGUUUUUCUAUAACUGUAGAGGGAAGAGAACGAUCCAAUUAACUCAAAACUGACACAAAUACAGCAAGCACACUAGCAGCCCAGUGCAUGCACACGGGAAGAGGCACCCUCUGUUCACCUGCUACAAACAGACUAAGGUGGAAAAGUUUGUGAAUGAGAUUUUAAUGCUUUAUUAUUUAAGAGUUUAAGUUCACUGUAAAUUUCUGUGGUUGUAUCAUUAGAGAAACUGUGCUCUACAAACAAGUGUUUAAAGAUCAAUAAAAAUAUAAACCAGACAGUGCUCCUCUCCCCAGCACUCAUCCUGCCCCAAUGCUGCUUCACCUCCAAAAUGAGGAAGGAGUCAGGAUACUGCAGGGGAGUGGGCAGGGGCAGGAAUCCAGAAUCAGAUCUCUUCGAAUUGCGCUGCUUUGGCACACCAUUUUGAAAAGUGAAAUCUCCCCAGGUGUCAUUGGGAUUUUGUUUUGCAGAAUUGCUGUGUAGUGAUACAAGACGAGUGCUGAUGUGCUGGAAAUGAAACUUGAUUCUGAUGCACUAAGAAUGGGCCAGGACUUCUAUCAACUGCUUUUCUGCUCCUUUCAAUAAAUAGGGACUAAGAUGGUUACACUUCCACUGUUGAUUACUGCUAAGAUGUUUGGUCUGUGUGACAAUUUCACUGAUAUAUGAUUUCUCGUAGCUUACUCCUCAAUUAACUCCAGUUGUGUUUGCCCAUGGUUUGAGAUAUCAAUUACCCUGAUUACUAUUAGCACUUACUGUGGUCUCAAAAUUGAAAAACAUUACAGCAGACCUUGUUUUAAGUUUCAAAUAUCAAGACAUUUACUUAGUAAAAAAAAUGA